AGCAGCAGGGCCACAGGGCAGAAGGAAAAUAUACAGGACACCACCUUGACCAGGGACAUCUCUGUAGCAGCUUGUGUGUCCUCAUUCUCAACUGUAGGAGACUAAAAGAUUAUUAGGAAGUUUUUAAAGCUCAAGUACUAGAACAUGAAAAGCAGCAAAUAGGUUUUGUCAGGGAAGUUUCUGGAGAAGAUGUGGUUCAGUCUUACAGCAGGACUUUGGCCAUUACUCAGCCUGGCUCUGAACCAACGCUCCUCAUAAAUUACUGACGCUGCUACUGACUCCUGGCUAAGGUUGGAAGUGGGGAGUGAGGAUGACAAGGUGCUGAAACCAGCUUGUGUGAGGAAGAGUAUUGGUCACUGGUGAGCAAUCUUGGGGAUGAAGAGGUAAAGUGGCCACAUCUGCCAGCCCUGAGGUCUUGCAGUCUGCCUGUCUGGGAGGGUCUGGCUCAAUCACAUUUGGUUGGCUUCCUCAAGACCUGUCACUUGUGGAGACUCUUCCAGUUUUACCUUUGUCACUGAGUACCUGGGGCACUGGCCACCAUGUCACUGUGCUGGCAGCUCACCUCACCUUCUUCUCUCUGAGCAUGGAAACAGCAGUUUUGUCAGGUUGCCUUUGGUGUCAUCCUCUCUGGAUCUCUCUACAGCCCACGUGACUGGAGUCCCUCUGAGUUCCUGCAUCCUCAGAAAACUUAUGGUGGAUUUCUUUACAGAAACUCUGAGAUUUUCUUCCCUUUUCCUGGUCUCAGUUGUAACUAACCUGUGCUGGAGAGAGGGAGAGGACAUAGUGCAGCAGAGAGAUUUCCCUAAAAUAAGACAAUUUGUAGUGUCAGUGUAUGUGAAGGUAGAACUGCCAUCAUCCACCUGGCAUACUGGAAUACUUUUAGUAUAGUUUUUAGUAUAGUAUUAGUAUUCCAGUAUUACUUUUAGUCCAUUUUGUCCAGUUCCACCUCUGCCCAGGAAACCCCCAGAGACAUUAUUGUAUGUCUUUCUCUUAAGUGUUCUCCAGCUGUGUGUGUCACAAAGAGGAUUUCACUGUUAGUCUGGGGAGAAGAAGUUGCCCUCAGCCCGUGCUCUGGUGCCGAGACAGGGCUGAUGCUGGGGAAUAACUCUGUGCCUGCACUCGGGGUUUCCCUCCUCAGAGCACCCACAGGGAGCCGUGGCAGCAGUGGGGUUACCUGCCUGUGGCAGCAGCCUGGCAGCCCCUCCAUGUGCCCACCUGCUGCCCCUGCUGAGUCCCUGGGGGGCAAACAAACCAUGUGAGUGUGCCAGGUGGGUUCUUCUAGAGACAGGACUGGUCCCAAGGCUGAUAGCACAGCUAAUGCAUGGCUCUCACCCAGAUGUUAAACAUCUGGUCUUGUGUUGGAGGAUGUAUUUUGAGCAUGUUUCUUGCUAGUUCUUUGUAGAAAUAAAGUUCUUGGGUGUGCAGGAAAGCCAUGUGCUACCUUGCCUUCCAUAUCUGGUUUCCAACUCUUGGCUGCACCCCCUCACUGGAGAUGGCAACGUGUUUGGGUGUUUUCACACGUGAGGAAUGCUGUUCCCUGCCUCCAGGGCUGUGCAGCUGCCCUGUAAAUUCCUCUUUCCCUGUGAAGGACUUCUGCUGGGUUGGAGCUGUCCCGGAGGUGUUUGCUCAGUCACAGACAUGUUCCCCUGGUCACCCUCAGGGUGACAGUAACUGUGUGGGUGCUCAGGCCUGGCUGCACUGGUGCUGCUUUCCCUGUAGAUGGUGUUUAGAGUCCUGGUCUCCUGCUUGUGCACAGAGAAACUGAGCCCAGGAGGGGGAGAGGGACUUGUGGUCCCCCAGAACAUGGGCAGCAGACAGAGAACUGAACUUCCUCACUUGGGUCCUCACCUGUACACAGAGCCUGCCCAGCCUCCAUCCAACAGGUGACCAGAAGAGGCCCUCAUAUCUCACCUGGAGACAUGUGAGAUCUUAUUAAAUGUGCAUGUUGGGUUCUGGCACCUGACACAAGCUCUGUCCUUCCCCCUUGCUUUUCUUGCUUUUCCCAGAGGACUGGAGAGGGAGUGUGGUAUUUACUGCUGCUCUGUUAGAGAUCUGCCACUCCCAGCCAGUGGCAGCGGGGCUGACACUCACUGGGACUGUUGGGGAGAAGAUGUGACACCUCUGCUUGGUAAAGAAACCUGCUGGAUGCGUGAGGGUGGUUGGAUGGGUGCUUGGACUUCUCAGCCACGCAGGAGCGGAGGCACAUGAGGACAUGAGCUGUUGGUUUAGGAGGGAAGAUCAAAGAUGAGCCAUGGAAAAAGUGCUGGCCACGAGCAGGUGCUCUGCCAGGCUGCAGCAGUCGGCUCUGGAGGGACCUGCCUGCUGGCAGUGUUCUCUAGGGGUGGGUUUUGUGUUCCCCUACCUGCUGUGCCAGUGGCAGGGCCCUACACCUUGCUCCAGCAGCAGUGAGGGGAAGGAAUGAGGAGGGGACCAGCCCUGGCUCCUGUGACAUUCACUUGUUGGUGUUUGACUUCAUGCCUGUGCACGACUCUGCUGCUGCCUCUGAGCUGCCGACCCUGUUUGUGAGGCACCGACUGAAAGGGGUUGUGUUUCCCUCGGCUGAAGCGCCGUUAAGGUGAAACCACAAGAACUCGGACAGAAAACGUGUGGUUGGCACACUCUGCCCCUUCUGUGAGGGUGAACUGAAAGCAUCAGGUGAGGGGAGUUAACCAAAUACAGACCCAGCAGCAUCCAUGUCUUGAAAAAAUCACAGAGAUCAUAAACAAAAAAAAACCUAUUUCCUCUGUACUUGGCUAUCAAAAAUAAGCUCUGUGCCCUGCUCAAAGAGAGCUGCAGUAGAUUUUUCAGGAAUUAGAUGCGCUCUAAGAGGGGACAGGAGAGACUUUCUGGGACCUGUGGGUCUGGUUAGAUAAAGAACCUUUGCACUCUGGCUGGAAGGGGUACUGCUCCCUCCUUACCCCUUUGAGAGUUGGGAAGACCCUGUCCAGGUCCUACAGGCUCCCUGGGUGGUGCUGCAUCUGUUACAGAUCAUCAGAGCUCACACCUGUCCCUGGGCAGAUGUGAGGGACAUGCCCAGCUCUGGAGAGAAAAAACAUUCUUGGGAAAGGCAGCAAUGCCAUCCUCCCAGCACAGUGUUCCUCUUUCAGCUGGGGACAGUGGCAAUGCUGGUGCUGGCCCCAGGGUUGUUGACACAGUCAGCAAGGUCAUAGCUUGAGUGUGGCUCUUCUGUGUGAGGUUUCUCCCCUUGCAAAAGCAGCCUGGAACGAGGGCUUCAAAACUGUUCCUUACGUUUGGCCUGUUCCUAAACCAACAGCUUCUCCAUGCCACUGCUGCCAACUAAUUAGCCCAGCUCUGCUCAGUUCCUCUCCCUGUUGUUUUAACUACCUUUACUCACUGAAUUCUGUAUUUCCUCCUGCUCUGUCCCCUGGUAGCGAACCACAGGAUUUAUAGAAGAGAGCUCCACUGGAAAUGACACUUUCUGGAAGAGCCUCUGGAUGGGAUGUGAGUCUUCAGCUCUGCUGGUUGGUUUGGCAGCACAGGUUGGGAAGGGCCCUGCAAAGGGCUCAGGUGUUUCUGGGGAGCCCUGGUGGAACACAAAGCUCUGUGUGCUUGUCUGGGGGAGCCGAGCUCCCCCCUUUGGUGCAGCGAGCAGGGAUGUACCGGGUGUGUGAGGACACGGCAUCGAUGCUACGCCCUGGCAGGACAGCCAGCCUGGGUGUGCUGGGGACCCUGCCUGGCCCAGCUGGCACAGCCCACAUGCUGGGGACUUACUUGUCUCUUUCUGUGCUCAGUGGGCAGAGUUAAACCUGGUAGCUGCCUCACUGAACAUCCUGUAGCUUUUAUGGCUGUAGAAAGGGCUUUUACAACUAGUUGAGAACAUUGUUUUGUCCCCAAGACUGUGGGCAGCCUGGAAUAGCUCUGGGGAUGGUGGGAGCUACUCUCUGAGGCAAGCCCUGCAGUAAUUUCUCAGUUGGUUUGUCCAGGCAGAAAAGGGGAGUGUUUUGGUGCUCCUGUUCCUUUGGAUGCAGAGCUCCUACAGGAGAACAGUGUGUGGUGGAGCCUAUUAAUGACAAUUCUUCCUGCUCUGCGGGAGGCGAGGGGAGCUCGAGGUACUGAGACCUGAAGUGGCACUGCCAGGAUGUGCUGCCACCUCUCUUUCCAGGCCAUAUGGAGAGCCUGGGACACCAAGGGUUCACGUGCCAGAGCCAGGGUACCUUGCCCCAGGGAGCCUGGGUUGUUUGCUCCAGCUCCUCUGACUCCCUGUCCUAGUUGUGAUAACCGUUGUGUCAGUUCAGGUGGGCCCUGGCUCUGGAUGUUUGUUUCCCCCACACACAGCUUUUUUUUCCCCAUCCCAGUGCAACAUUCCCAGCGGUUUCAGCAGGGAGCUGUGGAAUGUCUCCUGCUCCCGCCAGGGCCCAUCCGAACAAGCUGGGCAUUGACAGGGAGCGCUGGGCUGAGCCACACACAGACAGGGAGGGCUCUCUGCCUUGGGCCCUGACCCACGGGGGGAAGGAAUAACAGGAGACCAUUGGUAACAUCAGAGCCUGGCCCAGCUUUCAUCUCCCUGGCACAGGGGAGGUGCGGGAGAGGGAAGUUGAGGCUCUGGGGUCCUGUCUGGGGGAGCCGUGUCCUGCACUGUGCCAGCACCUCUGGCAUCCUGCACUGCAUGGACUGGGAGUGCAGGGCAGAAAGGCCCUGAAAUGCUGGGAAUUUGGCCAGCACAGGUAGCCAGGUGGCCUCUGCCUGUUGCAGACAUGUGACAGCCCAGUCCUACGGGUGUCCACGAGCAAAAGAGCUGUGGGUGUUCACAGGGCCUGUUUGUGUGUGAGCAGAGGUUGCACAGUCCAGGGAGCUCCCUGUUGUCCCAUGUGUGCUGUGUGUACACCAGAGUGCCCCAAAAGCCUGUGGCAGUGGCAUCACCCUGGGGCUGCUCUGGGUGUGGGUGUUGAGUGGAGGUGGUGCCCUCUGUGGGGAGGGCUGUGCCCUCUGUGGGGAGGGCUGUGCCCCACCGGGUUUCUCAGCGCUCAGGUCACCCCUGCACCCACCCCAGGGGCACCUGGCAGGCAGCUGGAGCCCAGGGACCUGCUGAGCUGUGGUUGUCACCAGCAGCCUGCCUUGGCCCUCAUGCCCAUGGGUGCUUGUCUCCCAGCAGAGUACCCCCAGGGCCCGGUCCCCACCCUGUGGAAUGAGCCGCCCGAGCUGCCCUCCGGAGCCGGUCCCUUCGACGCUGCCACCACCACAGCGCGGCUGUCGGACGCCACCGCCUUCCCCCCGUACACCUCUGAGCUGGAGCCCGAGGACACCACCCACCUGCACCGACUGGACACCGGGGACGGCUCACUGGGGCCCGGAGCCAUUGGCGCCAUCGUCAUCGCUUCCCUCCUGGGGACGUCUGUGCUUGUGGCGUUGGUCAUCAUCACGCUGAGAAAGUUCUCGGCCUCCUGAACUCAAUAAAAGAUUUUUCUGUUACAC